AACCGACCUGUUUUUGCGAUCGAUUACCUUGGUAAUGGCUGGAAGAAUGAAGAAGACAUUGCAACUUCAUGGAAGUUUAUGACCAAACAGAAACAUCAAAUGAUUAAUGGUUUUCGACUUGAGAAUGCAUCCUGGCGCAACUGGGCUAAACAACGACAUAACCUCAAAACGAUCAGUCCAAAGGCAUUGAAUUGGUAU